UUCAAACAACUGGAUACCAGACAUAACUUCCUCUUGGACAAUUUGGAAACUGAAUCUCAGAACCUUUGGAGUCCACGCGUCAUGCACCUGCAUGACCGCAAGAGGGCGCUGAACUUCUGCUCGGGGUAACAUUAAAGGAACUUGUCAAAACGUCUUGUAAAACACAUGACUUAAUUUGAAUGUAUUACCACGUGACAAUCAAAUUUUGGAUGUCAGCGGGCUGUAUGUGGGGACAAACAGCAAACAUAUGAAAUCAGGCCAAGCUCAUUUUGAAGCAGCCUUUUUUAAAUAAUAUAUACUGUACCUGCCCCCCACACACAUAUCAUAGUGAGUAUAAAAGCAUUAGUUUACAAAUUAGUCACGUCCAUCCAUCCCUCCCUCUCUCCGUCCAUCCUUUUAUCUCUCUCUGUCCCUUCACCCCCACCCCUCAAUUGGCUUUCUUCAAAGAUAAUUGGUGGCAAAAUCCGGUGCGCUCAUGGACAGGGAUGAGGCGUCCCCGGUGUCUGCUGCUGCCAUGAAGAAGAAGGCGGUGGGCGGCAGCGCGUGCAGCCACAUCAGCGCGCCCAAGCCCGUCGCGUCCAGAUUCUCCAAAACCGGCGAGAGCGGAGCGAACUGCGUGGAGCCGGGGCAGCCCGGUGUCACCAGCAGCGUCGUGAUGGACGAGACGGAGGACGGAGAGGAGGAGUGCAGGUUCCAGCAUCCGCGGUUGCGCCGAGCCGGGGGGAGCGGCAGCGGAGGAGGAGUAGGAGGAGGAGGCAGUAUCAGGAUGAAGAACUUUACGCCAGGAGGGGGAGCCGCGUCCUCGGCUUCCAGGAGAAACUCCAACAAGGAGCCCUGCCUUACGCACACAGAGGACGUUCCUGCCGCCUCACGGCCCACUGCCGCCACCAGAGCCACACAGACACCCAGCCCGGGCGAUGCUGCCCACCGCGGUGACACCAGCAGAGCGUCCGGGGCGGAGGCGUCCGAAUCUGCGGCCGCGAGAGAGGCUUUAAACGCGACGGCGGCGGGUGAUGGUCGCGGCGGCGUCGCUCCCUUUUCCAGCAUGAAAUGCAACAAAAACGGAGAAUGCCGAAGAGACUCGGGCACCGGGAGCCUGCGCUCAAUCGUCUCCAAGCAGGAGAAGCAAACAGCGGGGCCGGGGCGAACCGAGGACGGAGGGGGUGCCAAACGGGGAGCCUGUAACUCGACCACCGCCAGUAUGGACGGCUCCAUCACGCCAGGCGGCUCUCUAACCGGAGGGCACGGAGGGGAGAGCGCAACGCCCGGGGCCACCGUCCCCGAGAAAAAGGACUCCAAGGUGUCCUUCUCCAACGCGCCGAGCCGGAAAGCCUCGUCCUCGCUGCACGGCCCGACCCAGACCCAAACCCAGCAGCCGAGGAACUCCGUAACUUUCCAAAAGCAGGAGGAUGGACCGCCAAUUGUGCCCGCCGAGGACGCUGAACCCCGAGGCAGCCAAGCCAGCUUCAUGCAGCGGCAGUUUAGCAGUAUGCUGCAGCCUGGAGUUAACAAAUUCUCCUUGCGCAUGUAUGGGAGUCAAAAAGCGGUGGAGAAGGAGCAGGAGAGGGUUAAAUCUGCUGGAAACUGGAUUAUCCACCCUUACAGUGAUUUCAGGUUCUACUGGGAUUUUACAAUGCUGCUGUUUAUGGUGGGCAACCUGAUCAUCAUCCCCGUUGGCAUCACCUUCUUCAAGGACGAGACCACCACGCCCUGGAUCAUCUUCAACGUGGUCUCCGACACCUUCUUCCUCAUGGACCUGGUGCUCAACUUUCGCACUGGAAUCAUCAUUGAGGACAACUCGGACAUCAUUUUGGACCCUAAAACCAUCAAGAAGAUGUACUUAAAAACUUGGUUCAUUGUAGAUUUUAUCUCCUCCAUCCCAGUGGAUUACAUAUUCCUAAUAGUGGAGAAAGGGAUCGACUCGGAGGUGUACAAGACGGCUCGGGCCCUGAGGAUUGUCCGUUUUACAAAGAUAUUAAGUCUUCUGAGGCUUCUGAGGCUCUCCAGAUUAAUACGCUACAUUCACCAAUGGGAAGAGAUCUUCCACAUGACCUAUGACCUGGCCAGCGCGGUGAUGCGGAUUAUCAACCUGAUUGGGAUGAUGCUGCUGCUGUGUCACUGGGACGGCUGCCUACAGUUCCUGGUUCCCAUGCUGCAGGACUUCCCUUCUGAUUGCUGGGUGUCCCUAAACAAAAUGGAGAAUGAUACCUGGUCAGAGCUCUACUCCUUUGCUGUUUUCAAGGCGAUGAGUCACAUGCUGUGCAUCGGUUAUGGCCGGCAGGCCCCCGAGAGUCUGUCAGAUAUCUGGCUGACGAUGCUGAGUAUGAUUGUAGGAGCUACCUGCUAUGCUGUGUUCAUCGGCCACGCAACAGCUCUGAUCCAGUCCCUGGACUCGUCCAGACGCCAGUAUCAAGAGAAGUACAAGCAAGUGGAGCAGUAUAUGUCCUUCCACAAGCUGCCUGCUGACUUCCGACAGAAAAUCCAUGACUAUUAUGAGCACAGAUACCAGGGCAAGAUGUUUGACGAGGAGAGCAUCCUGGGAGAACUCAGCGAGCCUCUCAGAGAGGAAAUUGUCAACUUCAAUUGUCGCAAGCUGGUGGCAUCUAUGCCACUGUUUGCCAACGCAGAGCCAAACUUUGUGACAGCCAUGUUGACGAAGCUACGGUUUGAGGUUUUCCAACCACAAGACUACAUCAUAAGGGAGGGCACCAUUGGCAAAAAAAUGUACUUCAUCCAGCACGGAGUAUGCAGCGUCAUCACCAAGGGAACACUUGCAAUGAAACUGUCCGAUGGCUCUUAUUUCGGAGAGAUCUGUUUGUUGACGAGGGGUCGGCGGACAGCCAGCGUGCGAGCGGAAACUUACUGUCGGCUCUACUCUCUGUCCGUGGACCACUUCAAUGAGGUGCUGGAGGAGUAUCCCAUGAUGAGACGAGCCUUUGAGACUGUCGCCAUUGACCGUCUAGACCGAAUAGGAAAAAAGAACUCCAUCCUGAUGCAUAAGGUUCAGCACGAUCUCAACUCCGGUGUUUUCAACAACCGAGAGAACGAGAUGAUUCAGGAGAUUGUCAAGUACGACCGUGAAAUGGUGAAGCUGGUGGACCUGCAGCGGCCGCGGGCCAUGUCUAUGACCCCCUCAAUCGGUGGGAUCUUUGCCCCUCCGGGUCAGCCACAGGCAGGCUCGGCUAUUGCUACACUCCAGCAGGCUGUGGCCAUGAGCUUCUGCCCUCAGAUGGCAAAUCCUUUGAUGGGUCCAGGAACUCUGCAGUCUCCACGCAUGGUGCGAAGGUUCCAGGUAAUGCAGAACUUGGCCAGUCCGGUCUCUAUGUCCCCGCUUCAGUCUCAACUGCCCCAGACUCCUGGAGGGGCGUUCGGCUCUGCGAUUUCCAGCCCGCCAGUUCAAAGUCCGCUCACAGCUUCGGGACGGACUUUUCAGUACAUGGCAAGUGUGGGACCAUCUGGGUCCCAGUUGUCCCUUGUGCAGCACCAUGCCCCCAGUCCAACACAGACCCAACAGAGGCCCGCCUCACACAAGAGCACCCACUCCCUUCAAACAGGCAACUUGAGCCAGGACACCCGGGCCCUGUCUGCCUCCCAACCUUCCCUUCCUCAGGAGGGAAUGCCACAAGCUUCCUCUGCAGCCCCCAGCCCGCCACCCUCCACCCGCACCUCCAACUCCUCCAUCGGCCCCUCUCAGCCCCCUCACCACAGCUUGCCAGGACCCUCAGGGGUGGGGAGGCCGGCAGGAGCCCCGCAGCGGGUUGCCUUUGCCUCCACCCCCCCUCCUGGUGGACCUACUGGAACGGGGGCAGUAGCAUCAGCUGCUGGAUCAGGACCUCCAGACUCUGCAGUUCCCAAGAAAGAUUCAAUUGUAAGCCUUCCAGAGCUAGACUCUGCCAGAUCUCGGCUGUCUUCCAACUUGUGACCCUGGUGGAGUUCAGGAAUGAGGCCUUUUCUUUUUUGUAGGAGAAUCUGUUCAGUUAAGGUCAGUCUAGCUGAUUUCUCAGCUCGCAAAUUGGCCAAUCAGCUACUGCCAGCACCAGUGGUCAUUUGACCUGGAUGCACUGUGUGCUGACCUCAGCAGAAAGAUAAGAGCUACUCGGUGUCUGGGAACACUCUGGCAAGAGGGAGUCUAUAGAAAUAUACUAGAAUAAAGUUAAGGUUGAACUGGUCUGGUCUACCGUGCCAGCACUUUUAGUCUUAGUAUCACCCCUUUCACUCUGCUUCCAAACACCUACUGCAUAUCGCUGUCUUUACUGUAAAGAUAUGAAGAAAAGUAUGAUUAAUGYACCUAUUGCAUACUGUGUAGAAUCCAUGCAAUGCAAUCUAGCAGGAGCUGGACUUUAAAAAUGAAAAUCAGGGACUUGAAGUCAAAUGACAAUGRCAUUUCAAAAAACAAUGUUUUGAGUGUAACUUUCUUUUCCUGUAUAAGCUGUCGUAGCAAAACAACACUCAUCUUCAUGUUGUUUAAAAUCGUAGUGGAAUUUAGUGUUUUAGACCGCUGGUCGAUCUUACAUCAAUGUGUAAAUAAUCAACGAAAAAAGUAAGGAAGGAUAGUAUAUUCAUUGUAUCUACCCAAACCAAAGUUGAGCUUAAACACCAAGUCUGGUUGUGUCUGUAUCAACAACAACAACAAAAACAAAACAAAACAAAAAAAAAACAACAACAAGAAACAUAGAAGAAAAUGCCAUUUAUUUAACUGCCUUGAUUCAACGUUAGAAGCCAUAUAUUUGGUUUGUGUGUAUGUAUGUGUAUGUGUGUGUGUGGGGGUUGUUGAUACAUUUUGGUUCCAUUUUCAGAUAAGGGACUCACACUCUCCAUGAUGCAUCGUCAAUCUUGACUGGUUUGAGGUGCUGACGGUGGCACUGCCCUGUUUUCAUGACUCAUCCGAGAAGUGGUCGCUCAACAUUACUGAUUGUAACCUUAAAGGCAAAGAUGGUGAAAUAAUCCGAGCUUUACUGAAAGGAAAACAUUUGUGAACAACCCAUACUCUGUAUACUUGCUUGUUUUUUUUGGUCUAGGUUCAUCGAUAAACACAUGCAAUAUAAUUCUGCAAUACUCUACCCCGCCUAUAUAUAAAUACAUAUAUAAAUAUCUAUA